AAACGUUCGGUAGCGGUGGACGGUACCGCGACGCCGACGUAUUUGUCAAUACCUUCUUCUCGUUUUCACGGUUUUCGACGGUUCCUUAACGCGAAAUACAUUGUUUUCUCGCUUCUGCCGCCAGACGUAUGCGUGUGACGAGAUUUUUUAAUAUAACGUCGACGAAUUAUUCACGAUUCUUAAGCACCGGUGAGGAUAUAAUAUAGAGAGAUAGAGAAACAUAAAGUAAGAGAAGGAGAGAAAGAGAAAGAAAAUAAGCGAGACGAUAGAGAGAGAGAGAGAGAGACGGAAUACGAACGAGCGAGAUAGAACGAAUACGGAUAGUUAGAGCGAAAGAGAAGAGAAAAGCCAGGAACGAGCGACCAAGUAAAAGGGAGAGAGAGAGAGAGAUAGAGAGAGAAAGAGAGAAAGAGAGAGAGAGAGAGAAGGAGAAAGAGAGAGACAGCCCAUAACCGCGAAAAGCGGACAUUGAGAACUGGCCUGGCCAGUCGGUCGCUCGCGCGAGUAUAUUAUAUAUCCGUCUCUCUUUCUUUCCCUUUCUUUCUCUCUCUAUCUCUCUCGCUUGCUUUCUCUCUCUUUCUCUCUCUCUCUCUCUCUCUCUCUCUCUCUCAUAUUGAAACGUGCGAGUGAGAGUGAGUGAGCGCGAUCAAACUUGAGCCAUCGAAGUCAACAGCAGCAGCAGCAGCAGCAACAGCAACAGCAAGAGCAAAAGUAACAGCAGCACUAGCAAGGAGAGUCUUAGGAACGGUGGAGGUUGCGAAUCGAAGCAAUUUACUACGGUCGGUGAAGGAGAAAAAAAAGAGAAAGAAAAGAAAAAAAGGAGAAGUAGGAGGAGGAGAAGGAGGAAGAGGAGGACGGUGUGAUCGUUAAAAUAUAUACGUCGUGUUCGUCAGAACGUUUCCUGCCUACGAAUGCGGUCCACGGUCGAGCCAUCGUAUUAAAAUGUGCGAAGAGGCGACGGAGGUGGAAACGCAUCAUCAGCAAACAGCAGCAACAACGAUGGGCGUCGCUGAGGAUGACACACCGUCUUCGCUGACUUCUCAUCCCAACUUGAACACUAAUAAUCCCGGCCAAGAAGGGGUGUUGGAGAUGGCUGCUACGGAGAGUACUAUUCGAUUUAGCGGGCACACGUUGGAUAAAGCUACGAAGGCCAAGGUAACGUUGGAGAAUUAUUACAGCAACUUAAUAGCCCAACACAUAGAGAGGAAGCAAAGGCUAGCAAAAUUGGAGGAAUCAUUGAAGGAUGAGGGCCUUUCGGAACAACAAAAGCAGGAGAAGAGAUUGCAACACGCCCAGAAGGAAACAGAAUUCUUAAGAUUGAAAAGGUCUAGGCUUGGCGUCGAAGAUUUCGAGCCACUCAAGGUCAUCGGUAGAGGGGCUUUCGGCGAGGUGAGACUGGUACAAAAGAAAGAUACUGGUCACGUUUACGCUAUGAAAAUAUUGAGGAAAGCAGACAUGCUAGAAAAGGAACAAGUUGCUCACGUCAGAGCUGAAAGGGAUGUUCUCGUCGAGGCUGAUCAUCAGUGGGUCGUCAAAAUGUAUUACAGUUUUCAAGAUCCCAUUAAUCUUUAUCUAAUAAUGGAAUUUUUACCGGGUGGCGACAUGAUGACGCUUCUUAUGAAGAAGGAUACCCUAUCCGAAGAGUGCACGCAAUUUUAUAUUUCCGAAACGGCGUUAGCAAUUGACUCCAUACACAAAUUAGGUUUUAUUCAUAGAGAUAUUAAGCCAGACAACCUAUUGUUGGAUGCACGAGGCCACAUAAAGCUGUCUGAUUUCGGGCUGUGUACGGGAUUGAAGAAAUCCCACAGGACUGAUUUUUACCGAGACCUAAGCCAGGCUAAACCUUCCGACUUCAUGACGUCGUGUGGAAGUGGAAGCGGAGGUGCUAUGGAUAGUAAAAGAAGGGCUGAAAGUUGGAAGAGAAAUAGAAGAGCUCUUGCUUAUAGUACAGUUGGAACGCCCGAUUACAUCGCUCCCGAAGUAUUUCUACAAACUGGUUACGGACCAGCUUGUGAUUGUUGGUCUUUAGGAGUCAUCAUGUAUGAAAUGCUUAUAGGAUAUCCACCAUUUUGUAGCGAGAAUCCUCAAGAGACAUAUAGGAAGGUAAUGAACUGGCGAGAGACGUUGGUCUUUCCACCUGAAGUGCCGAUAAGCGAAGAGGCUAAGGAUACCAUAAUCAGAUUCUGUUGCGAAGCCGAUAGAAGAUUAGGAUCUCAAAGAGGUAUCGAAGAACUCAAGUUAGCUCCUUUCUUUCGUGGUGUUGAUUGGGAACAUAUAAGAGAGAGACCAGCCGCAAUCCCGGUCGAAGUACGAUCCAUCGACGACACAUCCAACUUCGAUGAGUUCCCAGACGUUAAGUUAGAGAUACCGUCAGCACCAAUGCCACAGGACGGUGAGGUGAUCUACAAGGAUUGGGUGUUCAUAAACUACACGUUCAAGCGUUUCGAGGGUCUCACGCAACGGGGAACUCCAACGAAAAAAUAGCAACCCCCCAUACCUUGCUCAAACAUCAGCAAUCAUCAGAGCGACGCAAUAGGAGGAAUAGGAGUAGGAUUAGGAGGUGGAGGUGGAGGAGGAGGUGGAGUUCCGGCCUUGGUACAUCAUCCUCAUCAUCAUCCACCAUUGUCCUCGACAACGUCGCGAUCUACAGCAACGGCAACAUCAACAUCAACAACAGCAACAACAAUUAUAUCAUCAUCAACAACAACAACAACAACUACUACAGCAACAACAAUAAUAGACGGCUGAAGACGAUUUCUCUUUGUCUUUCGUCUAAGACGUUCUCACUCUCUCUCUCACUUUUUCGUCCUUAUAAAACAAACACAACGUGCAUAUAUCCUGCAUAAUGUGUUGAUUCCGAUAGGGCGAGCACAUUGAGGAGAACUAUUUUGUUACAAUUCAAGGAAUGGAAUAAUAAUGACGAGGACAAUGCUGAUGACAACAUUGACGCUUUGAUCAAGAGAGAACCCGGAGAAUGAAAUUGGGAGAGGUAGAGUAGGAGGAGGAGAAGGAAGAUGACACAAAAAAAAAAUUAAAGAAAAAAAAAUAGAAAGCAAGUGUAACGCAAGAGGAAAAAAGAAAUUGGGAAGUUUUAAAAACGAAAAAACAAAACAAAACAAAAACUAAAAUAGACGUUUCUUCACUCUAGGACUGAUUUAUCCGACUUUCUUCUUCAUUAAUACAAUAAGUCUCUCUCUCUCUUUUUCUCUCUCUCUUUCUCUCUCUCUCUAUCUAUCUAUCUAUCUAUCUAUCUAUCUAUCUAUCUAUCUCUUUUUCUCACUCAAUUUGUUGUAUGGCAAAGAUUGUCGAAGAAAAAGUCGUAGAAGAGGGAAGGAGAGGGGGGAACGCUUCGGGUCCUAGAAAAAUCCUCGUGUACAUCGAGAAAACUAAUUUUUACGUAUAAGCGUUUAGAAUUUUAGAAUCAUUUAUUAGAUUUCUUUUCCUUCUUUUUCUAUUUUCUGUUUUCUAUUUUCUUUUUCGUUUCUUUUUUUUUUUCUUAUUCGUAGAUAACAUUAACUCGUCAGAGAUAGAUAAUGAUCGAGCUGUCGAAUAUAAAGCUCUCUCUCUUUCUCUCUCUUUCUUUCUUCGAAGGUCAUUUGUAUAAAUGCAUGCUGUGAUACGAAAUUGUUUAAGAGUGCUGCGCGAUGCUGCUUUCGUCGUGUGGCCGAUAGUUUCAUUUUUCUUUUUCGUUUUUCUUUUCUUUUCUUUUCGUGUUAUUCCUUCUUUUUUUUCCUACUUUCUCUUUAAUCUCUUUUAUUAUAAUAAUCAAUCCCAAUUAUAUAUCUCUGUAUCAUCGAACUUUGUCUCGUUUAUAUUAGAGAUAUAUUGAUAAUAUAAUGUAUAUGUCGUUGAUAGAGAGUUUAAUUGAAUUUUUAGAUUGUUACUUCAUUUAUUUGUUCUUUUCUUUUUUUCAUUUUUUUUCCUCCUUCGUACGUCGUAAGAAAUAUUAGGCGAAGCAAUCAUUUCGAAGCCAGUGUAUCCAUUUCAUGUUUUAUUUAUUUUCGUUAUGUGUUAUUAGAUAAUACAGCGAUAUCUAAUAAUAGGAUUUGUUAAUGUUUAGAGAAUGUAUGUUAGGCACGCUUUUUGGAGAUAUCAAGGGAGAUAUCGAAAUUCAGUAUAGAAAUAUGUUAAAAAAAAAAAAAAGAAAAAAAAACUUAAAAAAAAAAAAUAGAAGAAAAAAGAAAAAAAAAAGAAAAAAAAAGAAAAAAUAAGAAAGAAAAAAAGAAAGUAGAAAGAAAAUGUGCGAUUUGCUUUAUAUUGAUAAUAUGUUUCAGGAGAAUAAGAAAUUUCGAAAUAAAAUGGAAGAGCAAAAAUUCAGGUUAGAGAGAAGUUUUGAGAGAAGUUUUGACAAGUCGUCGUUGUUAAAAGAUUUUUUUUUUUUCUAAAUUAAUUUGUCCCCCGUUAAUUUAUCGAUUUUUUUUCUUUCUUUCUUUUUGCUUUUUUAAUUUUUUUUUCUUUUUUUUUUUUUUUUUAGUCGCUAUAUAACACUAAAUAGAUCUCAAUAUGUGGCGAAUCAAUUAGGAUUAUUAUUCUUUGUUUAAUUAUACCGUACACCUUAAUGCUUCAAUUAUUUGUUAACAAUUAAUGAACGAUCUAAAAUUAUAUGAGUAAUUUAUUGGACAAGAAAAAAAAGGAGAAAAAAUUUUUUGUUUUCUUUUUCCAAAAAAAAAAAAAAAGAAAAACAAUGGAAUUACACACUCCGGGUCUCUCUCUCUCUCUCUCUCUCUCUCCUCCCUCAUUGUUGUUGUGUCAUCACUAUCGUACACGUCCCUCAUUUCCUCGCACGCUUCCUUCUCUUUCUAUAUAAUAAUUACGAAUUACGAAUUGCGAAUGAUUAAUCGAUUAAUUAAGGUGUACGGCACUAAAGGAAAAAAAGAAAAUGAAAAAGCAAAAAAAUGUAAAGUAAAGAAAAGAAAAGAAAAGAAAAGAAAAGAAAAGAAAAGAACGUUCCUAAGAAAAACGUGUAGACAUGGAAUCAGACACGUAAAAUGGAAGGAAGG